AUGUAAACUCUUAUUGGAACCAAAAAAGGAUACAUCUAUCAUCUUGAAAUCAAUCGACCUUAAUAAUUGUAUCUCUUCAUAUUAAUAAUAGAAAUACUAUGUCCAGUUAAUUAUUUCAAGAUUUUAAAGCUGUAGUUGAUAUCAUAAAUAAAACUGAUGAUAUAAGAGUUGUAAUUUUGACAGGAAGAGGAAAACAUUUUUGUGCUGGUCUUGAUCUUAAAGAAGCUCCAUAAAUGUUUUAAGUAGGCUUUUAUUUUUAUUAAAUAAUAAGCUUCCAGAUGAAUUAGAUUAGGCAAGAAAAUCUAUUAGAUCUUAUGAUAAAAUCAAAGAUUGGCAAUUAGCCAUGAAUUCAUUAAGUAGAAUCAAAGCCCCUGUUAUUGUAGGUAUUUAAGGUUAUUGUUUGGGUGGUGGUAUUGAUCUCAUUACUUCUGCUGAUAUUAGAUAUUGUACAGAAGAUGCUAAAUUUUCAAUCAAAGAAAUUGAUAUUGGAAUGUAAAAUCUAUUUUAUAUUAUAAGGGCUGCUGAUAUAGGAACACUUUAAAGAUUGGGUUUACAAAAUUCCAAUGCAUCCCUCUUUAGAGAAUUAACUUAUACAGGAAGAAUUUUUAAUUCUUAAGAGGCCUUGUCUCUUGGACUAAUUAAUAAAAUAGUUAAAAAUGAUCAACUAAAUGAUGAAAUUUUUAAACUUGCAGAACUCAUUGCUUCUAAAUCCCCUGUUGCUUGUUAUACUAUUAAAAACAUAGUUACUAGAGAAUCAAAUUUAGAUUCAUAAUUAGAUGUUAUGGCAAGAACAAAUAUGGCUUUGUUUUUUACAAAUGAUAUGUCAUCUGCUAUUACAGCUUUUUUGACUAAAGGAAAACCAGAAUUUCCAAAAUUAUGAAUUACCAAAAUCAAAUUUUUA